AUGAACGGGCGUAUGUCGCGGCUACGCAGAUCGUUAUCCCGAUCCCUCGUCCAGCUGAACAAUGUCACUUUUCGGAGAAUGCGAUCCCUCUCCCGCUCAGUCCACCAAUUAAAUGCCGUAAUUCCACUCAGCCGCCAGAACAACAUCGAGCUCCCCGAUUUACCUUCUCAAUCCGAAGGAGUCUUGCUCUCCAGAUUCGCUAGCCCCCAAACGUAUGGCCAGCUGUCGGAAUUGGUCACCAAACACAACGAUGCGCUCCGCGAAGUCAUUGCCGUUUUUGAGGAAAAGGUGGCCAUGGACUUCACGUACGCCAAGACGAUGCACAAAUUGGCGCAACGGCUUCAGAAAGUGUCUGGAGAUGCUCAGUGCGAAAUCGAUCGUGGCUGGGGCAGUGUCGCCGAACAAUUGACAGCUCAUGCCACUCUACACAGCAACCUGGGCUCGGCGUUUAACGAUGAUUUAGUGCAACCAUUAAGAAGUAUCUAUACAAAUCAACAGAAAACGAUACGAUCGGCAAAUAAUCUAGUGGACAAAGAAACGCGAAGAUGGAAGGAGAAAAAGGAGGAAUUGGCAAAAGCUAAAAGAAGUCUCUAUGUAUCGAGUAAAGAAUUGGAAAAGAUUGAACAGUUAAUAGAUGCUGAUCAAAAUAUGGCCAGCAAGUUUUCAUUACGCCGUAAAAAGCUGACAGAAACUGUGAAAAAAGGCGAAGAUGAUUAUUUAUAUUCUACAAUUGAUGUGGAAUCACAAAGAAGGGCAACUUAUGGAGUUUUGAAAAAAGCUGUGGAAAGUAUUGAAGCUGUAGAAAGACAAAGAUUGGCCCAUUCACAGACAGCGCUAGGAAGAGUACAGCGUAAAAUGGAACAAUUAGCGCCGAAUAUAAAUCAGAUGUUUGAUCGUUUCGCGAGUGGAUUAGAUGUGGCUGUGGCUUGCGAUUCGUCGGCUUAUAUAAAUUCGUUACAAUCCGCCUCGACAGCCGCCCAUUCUGUCACUUUGGUCGAUUAUUUUGCGGAAAACUUCUCUGAAAUAAUCCUCGGCGAAAGGCGGAAAAGCUCGCUGAGAAGAAUUGCCGGGCUAUUGGAUCGAGAAUUGAGGACAGCAUAUAAUAAAGGGCUGCCAAUACCUGCCGCCGGCGAAUUGACCCAAGUCGAGUUCCUGGAAUUUUUAUAUUAUAAAAUAAACGAAAGCGUGAAUUCGGCAGAGGGUGGAGCGUCGAGGGGAUAUCAUAGAUUGGCCACAUAUAUGCAGAAAAGUAAGGAUAAACAGGGAUUAACGAAUAGCUCGCUGAUAAUUCCACUUUCGGAGUCUCUAACAGGAAAUGAUCAACGAAAUGAAUGUUUUGUCGACAGAACCGAUGAUUAUGAUCGCAUUUCGGAUGAAGGGUUCUAUAAUUCGUCUGGGCCGAGGAGUACUGAUGAAGGAAUCGAGAGUAUGAAUACCUAUUCCAUUGGAUUUUCUCAAGCGGCUUCAUCGCCUCCAGCCUCGGUUGUAGAAACGAUCACAAAUAGCCCGCCAGAAAUUGGGUUUAAAUACCCUUCCCAAUCAGCUGUCGAUCAACCAAUCCCUAGACAGACUACAAUCAUUGAUGACCCAGAUCCGGCAGUCGCUGUUUGUGAGGCUCUCUACGAUUUUAAUGGGACUGACAGUGAAGAAUUGACGAUAAAAGCUGGCGAAAGAUUGAUCGUUGAGAGUCGAUUGGGAGAUGAUUGGCUGAUCGGGCGAACAAUUCAACAUCAACAAGAUCAACAGGAAAGAAGAGGACGCUUCCCAACAACUUAUGUCGCUUUCCAAAAACAAAAUCCUCUCACACCAGUCUCACUCUGC